AUGCCGUUUAUCACGGAGGCAAGAAUGUCCGCGUUAGAAUCGCUUCAAACUGCCCAAUUACUUAACCGGUGCAAUUCGGUGGGUCCUUCGGUCAGCCAAGGCCGCAAUAGCAAAGGCAAGUCUCCAGUUGAGCCGAGCCCCCCAGUUCCGCAGGAGGAGCUAGCGCAAGUGAAGCGUCCCAAGAAUCACGCAUCCGCCCGAUUGGCCUUGAACCCGCUCAUCAAGCAAAUUCGGAAAGGCCAGGACGCAGUUAAUGGAAAUACUGUGGACGAUGGAGCCGUAAUUGUCGUCUACGAGGUGCCCCACGAGCUGGCCACACGCAUUUUGGAGUUGAAAGAGAAUUUCCUGGAAUUACUAAGCGAAAGUAUGGUGACGUAA